GUAACGUGGCGCUUCGUAUCGGCUGCGACAAGAACAGCUCACUCGUCAUUUGGCCGGCAGUUGAGGAUUAUAUCCCUCGCGUCCAAGCCAAUUAAAAAUAACGCUGUGAUUUAUUUAAUUAGCUAAAAUUUUUAGAAGAAAAUUCAAACUUCUUCUCAUCAUGGGGACCUUUGCGACUGCCCUAGGCCUGUUUUUGUUUAUCGUCGUGGCCCGGUCUGACGAUGCACCCAAAGGUCCCAAAGUGACACACAAGGUCACCUUCACCGUGAAGAUAGGCGAUGAACAAAUUGGUGACAUCGUCAUUGGUCUGUUCGGAAAAACUGUUCCGAAGACAGUAGAGAACUUCUACCAGCUAGCACAGAAGCCCAAGGGCGAAGGCUACAAGAGCAGCAAGUUCCACCGGGUGAUCAGCAACUUCAUGAUCCAGGGUGGAGACUUCACUAAAGGAGACGGCACUGGCGGCCGCAGCAUCUACGGCGAGCGCUUCGAAGACGAGAACUUCAAGCUUCGCCACUACGGCGCCGGCUGGCUGUCCAUGGCCAACGCGGGCAAGGACACCAACGGCUCGCAGUUCUUCAUCACCACCGCCAAGACCACCUGGCUCGACGGACGGCACGUGGUCUUCGGGAAGAUCUUGGAGGGCAUGGAUAUCGUGCGUAAGAUCGAGCAGACACCGACCGGAGCGAACGACCGCCCCGUCAAGGACGUGACGAUUGUCGAAAGCCGCGCAGAAGUUGUCGCAGAGCCCUUCGCCGUCACCAAAGAAAGUGCUAAAUAACACUAGCUCUCAAUGCAUUUACUUUGUAAGAUUAAUUUAAAACUAGGGCCAUAUUUAGAUUUACAAACUAAAUCGGCGUUUCUGCCCGAAAGUUAGCAAGAUUGGCGAAACAAAUGCUCAACUUUAU